UUCCCAGGGAGCAGCGGGCGGAAGACUACGAGGCCCAUCAGGCAAGCCAAGGGCCUCUUCUUCCGAUGACUGGCCUAGCUCUGGCAAACCUGCCCGUGUCCAGGAUCCUCCGCGCGCAAGAUGGAGGCGCCGGGAGCGGAAGCGGAGCUAAGGAGGUGCUAGGCUCUACGCCCCCUCGGCCUUCCGUGAGGACCGUACCUGUCCGAAGAAGGAAGCUCACGGUCCUACCCAGCAAAUGCGUAUUGCCUUUUCUCGCCGUGACCAUGGGGGCGUACUGAAAGAGCCUUUGAUCUGAUAGGCAACCCCAGCCUUUCGCAGCCCUGACUUGGAACCUCCCCGAGGACUGCAGUGUAAGCGCGGUCUUUGCGUUCCGACCGAGGCACGAGGCCAGUCAGGCAGGUUCCUCUGUCCCGACAGGUGGGACACUGAGCACUCCAUGCCAGCGGGCGCAGGGAGGCGUGGCCUCCCCCAGGGCCGCCACCUCUGCUGGUUGCUCUGCGCUUUCACUUUAAGGCUCUGCCAAGCAGAAGCUCCCGUGCGGGAGGAGAAGCUGUCAGUGAGCACCUCAAAUUUGCCGUGCUGGCUGGUGGAAGAGUUUGUGCUGGCGGAAGAGUGUGCUCCAUGUUCUAAUUUCCAGGCUAAAACCACCCCCGAGUGUGGCUCCACCGGGUAUGUGGAGAAAAUCACAUGCAGCUCAUCUAAGAGGAGCGAGUUCAAAAGCUGCCGCUCAGCUCUGAUGGAACAACACUUAUUCUGGAAAUUCGAAGGGACUGUCAUAGGUGUGGCCUUGGUCUUUGCUUGCCUUGUCAUUGUUCGUCAGCGACAACUGGACAGAAAGGCGCUGGAAAAGGUCCGGAAGCAAAUUGAGUCCAUAUAGCUACCUCCUCCCCUUUCAUCUGGGUCUUAGAGACCCUGCCUCAGACAGAAAGUGGGAUGAACUGACUCGUGCCGCUGGUUCUCUGGAACCUUGCGGUGGCACCCCCUUUCUCCCAUCUUCCUCGUCUAAAUCAUUAAUGAGCAGAAUAAAAAGAGUAAAAUCGUU